AUGGUGAUAAUCGACGGAGUGGGUCUGCGGGUGGUACGCGCGCACGAAACGCCGGCGCACGGGCUGACCCGCACCUUCCAGGAAGUGCGCCUGUUCGACCAGAUCAAGGUGUGGGACAACAUCAUGGUAGUGCUAACGGAGCGACGCCUGUUCCCGUCUCUGCUGGAGCGGGUGAAACCGGCCACGCGGCAGAAGGCACAGCACAUCCUGGAGUCCGUGGGGAUGUGGGAGAAACGUGACUCCCUGGCGAUGGACCUGUCCUACGGCCAGCGCAAGCUGCUGGAGAUAGGGCGGGCCAUGGCGAUGGACGUGCAGACGUACCUGUUCGACGAGCCAUUCGCCGGCCUGUUCCCGCAGAUGGUAGAACGGGUCAAGGACAUAAUGAAGCAGAUGCGGGCGGACGGUUACACCAUUGUGUUCGUUUCACACAACAUGGAAAUCGUGCGCGAGCUGUCGGACCGGAUCAUCGUGCUGGACAGCGGGGCGCUGCUGGCCGCCGGCGAUGUGGAACCAGUUCUGGGAAGCGAAGAAGUUAUCGACGCGUAUUUGGGCGCGUGA